UUCUGGAAUAUGGGUAACAGGUCUUCCUUGCUGCUACGAGAAGAAGAGAUUGCUCAGAUUCAAGAAGAAACUGGUUUUACACCCAAUCAGAUAGAACGUCUGUACAGUAGAUUCACAAGUCUAGACCGUGGUGACUGUGGAACUCUGAGCCGUGAAGACUUCUUACGCAUUCCAGAGCUUGCCAUAAAUCCUUUGGGUGAUCGAAUUGUACAUGCUUUCUUUGAAGAAGGUUGCAGUGAUCGAGUCAACUUUCUGCAGUUUAUGCAGGUCUUGGCCCACUUUCGUCCCAUAAAGAAGGGGAGAGACAACAAGCUGAAUUCAAGAGAACAGAAAUUAAAAUUUGCAUUCAAGAUGUAUGAUUUGGAUAAUGAUGAUAAGAUUUCCAAAGAUGAACUUUUAGCUAUUCUUCACAUGAUGGUUGGAGCUAAUAUCAGUGAGGAACAGCUGACAAGCAUUGCUGAGCGUACAAUCUUAGAAGCAGAUCAGAAUGGUGAUCAAAUGAUUUCUUUUGAGGAAUUUUGUAAUGCAUUAGAGAGGACCGAUGUUGAGCAAAAGAUGUCUAUCCGAUUUCUUAACUGAGAUAUACAUAUAUGUUUAUAAAUGAAUUGUGAUUAUAGAAGGGCCAUUUCCUUUGGAAUGAGUACAAGGAUACAAUCAAAUGGUUGUACAUUAGUCUGUUAGGGUGGGAGGUUCUUGAAUAUCAUUUCAACGUUGUAUUGAAUUAUAUAUAUUAUAUUUUUGAUUGUGCAGGGUAACAUAAUUGUACCUAUAAUUUUGCAAUUAGUUGCAAAUACUGUACUAUAUUCAAUAUUGUAAUAUAAGAAUAAAUAGCGUUAUUUUACUUGAA